ACUUCCUGUACGCAAAAUCCCCUGGUUUAGAUUGUCUCCCUAAAGGUCAUGGCUGUCUGUAACUUAUUUAUGAAGCAACUGAAAGCUAUAAGUCUUUUGACUAGUGGUGUGAGGACUUUAAGCUUGUCAAGGAGUUUUUGUGACGAAAGAAGAGCCAGAUACUUUCCCGCUAACAAAAAUAAUAUGCUGCCCCAAAAUACUUUUGAAGGAAAAAUUGCCAUAAUCACAGGAGGUGGAACUGGGCUGGGCAAAAGCAUGGCGUUUGCCUUAUCUGCUUUAGGGGCCCAGGUUGUCAUAACCAGCAGAAAGUUAGAUGUCCUGCAAAAUACAGCUGAAGAGAUUUUCUCUAAAACAAAACAUGAAGUGCUCCCAAUCAAUGUUGAUGUGAGAGAUCCUUUAUCUGUUAGAGAUGCUGUUGAUCAAUGUAUCGAUACUUUUGGCUUACCAAAUAUAGUCAUCAAUAAUGCAGCUGGAAAUUUUAUUGCACCAACUGAGCGCCUGUCUUCAAAUGCAUUUCAUAAUAUUGUAAAUAUUGUUUUGAUGGGAACUGCAAAUGUAACCCUUGAAGUUGGUAAAAGACUUAUAGCUGCAAAACAAGGGGCUAAUUUUUUGGCGAUAAGUACGACUUACACUCGAGAAGGCUCAGGUUUUGUCGUGCCGAGUGCCUGUGCUAAAGCAGGAGUAGAGGCUCUUUCAAAAUCCCUUGCAGCAGAGUGGGCAAGAUAUGGGAUGAGAUUCAAUGUAAUUCAGCCAGGUCCCAUUUAUACUAAAGGUGCAUUUGAUAGGCUUGACCCAUCUGGUGAAUUCGAGGCGGAAGCAAUAAGUAGAACACCAGUUGGACGUUUGGGUAAACCGGAAGAGUUGGCAAAUCUUGCAUCUUAUAUGGUUAGCGAUUAUUCAAACUGGCUGAACGGAGAGGUAAUUCGAUUCGAUGGAGGAAAGCUUAAUUGCACAGCGGGUGAAUUUAAUGAUUUGACAAAACUAUCCAAUGAGGAAUGGAAUAUGAUAGAAGAUAUGAUUCGUUCGAAAAAAGUCAAAACUGUUGAUCAGUAA